AAGGAAAGUUAUCAUUUGGUGUGGUCUGCAUUAUCCUCUUUUUCACCCAUAACCAAGCACAAAACAUUCGCCCCGUGACAUUAGAGGAACGGUAACGUCGAGUUUGCGACGUCAACAGGUAGCUAGCUAAUGUUCGCGUUAGCAUAACGUUACGUUUUCUGCCACGCCGCUAACCAAGUUAACUUAUAAUUCAUAGCUGCUGAGUAUCUUGUUGAAAAGCUAACGCUGAACGCUGUCAGCGGACACUGUAACUGCAGCCACGGCAGUGCUGGCGUUAAUGAAUGCUAACAAGCGCUCUUGAUGGGUUAUUUUUGACAAACUCCGUUAAACUCGGUGGUUAAUGGAUUGUGUUCAAUUGAUGCAGACACACGCUUUAACGAUGCCGAGAGGCACAAUCUCAUUAAGCAUCACGUUUGUUUCCUUCAGCCCUCCCUUUAGGUCCGUGUGUGUUCUGUCUUCAGUGUUACAUAUCAGCUUCAGAAAAUGACAUCCAGAUUACCAAAGACAGGGCUCAUUGUGUGCAGUAAAACCAAACAUUUCCAUUAGCAAGUGCACUUUGGAGAAACUUAAAUAUCACAAUUAAUAUAAUAUACUGUUUGAGUGAGACGGGAGAUGGGAGAGGUAUUCAUUUUAGUGAUUCUUAAGAAGAGAUUUUUAUUGUGAAAACUUCAGUAAAAUAGGUUUUCCUCUACAACUAUUAAUCCACAACCAUAAAACCAACUGUUGCUGCACUUAAGGUCUAUCUUACCUCUUCUUUGCUGCAUGUGUGACAAUCUGUGCACAGGCUUUACUUUAAAAUGCACACUGUUUGUGAGUAAGAGGUAGUUCCACUGAGCAGUGCUGGUCUGGGUAUUUGUGUCCACCUAGUGGCUGAAUUUACCUUCACUGGACUCCUAACAAAGGACAUCUCAGAACUAGUGGUCGACCGAUAUGGCUGAUAAUGAUAUUUAGAGAGCAGGGCUGCCGAUGGCCGAUACAUAAUGGCGAUAUGACAACAAAGAAAAGUGUAUAAUUAUGUUCUAAAAUAAAUUCAUGCACAUGUUUACAGCAGGGUGCACGGGAGUUAUAGUACAGGGCUUGAAAACAACAUUUUCACCACCUUCCCAAAGCUCACGACUCCCGACUGCACUCCCGACAUUGUUCCACAGCAGAGACUGAGACUGAAGUUUUAUUUAUCGGCCUCGUGAGCAUCAGCCAGUUUUAUCGACAUCCAGCAAUCUCUUUCAAAUCUGUGUGAGUCUCCAGUCCAUCCGUGUACUUUUGCAGUUGUUUGGGAAAUUGAAACAUCUGGAUAACACCAGGGCCGACAUGGGGAGAGCUUGCAAACUCCAAAUAAAAAAAGCCCAGUGUGUCAUAUUUUGUUUUAAGUUCCUGUAACGUGACACACCAUCGGUGAGCUGGGAGGACAUUUCUGAAUUCGGGGGUGCUGUGAGAUGUUACAACAGGAUAGAAUAAAAAUCCAGAUAACAGAGUGUAAAAAAAAAAGGUGCAUGUCACUGCAGCCUUAUGCACAUGCACAAACUUAAAUCAGCUCACCAAUCAGUAACACUGCUGAGUCAAAGUCCCUCAGUUACUCUUUACAGGCGACAUAAACCUCAUCAAGGAUUAAAGGUCAUAUCUCGGCAACAUGCACAUUUAAACCAAAGCAGCAACAUUUACUUGCUGACACUCUGCGUGAUGAUGGAGAGGGUGCUGUUAUUGUUUGGACUCGUGGCUCUAGCCACUUCUUACGCUAAACCUGUUUCCCCCGAGGUACAUGAGGUGUAUGAGAACGGUGAGGAUGAGAACCCCAUCCUAAACCUGGGUUCAGAUGCCAACCUGUUUGAAGGGGACAUUUUGAUUCCAGAAGGAAGGAAUGCCCUGAUUGAUAAAAGAUACAGAUGGAAAUUUCCAAUCCCUUACAUUCUGGGUGAUGAUCUGGACCUGAAUGCCAAGGGCUGCGUCCACCAGGCUUUUGAAAUGUAUCGGCUGAAGUCUUGCGUUGACUUCAAGCCUUACGAGGGAGAGAAGACGUUCAUCAAGUUUGAGAAGAGAGGAGGGUGUUUCUCCAGUGUUGGUGACCAACAGACGGGUCAGAUUCUGUCUUUGGGGCCAGGCUGUGACCACAAGGCGGUGAUUGAACAUGAACUACUCCACGCUGUGGGAUUUUACCAUGAGCAGUCCCGCACAGACAGGGAUGACUAUGUCGACAUCUGGCUGGAUCAGGUUUCACCAGGACUUGAACACAACUUCAACAAAUACAACGACGACUACAUCACAGAUCAAAACACGGCGUACGACUACGAGUCCAUUAUGCAUUACAGGCCCUUCUCUUUCAAUAAGAACGAAUCCAUCCCCACUAUCACCACCAAAAUCCCAGAGUUCUACAACAUCAUUGGCCAGUACCUCGACUUCAGCAAGAUGGACACCCUCAGGCUCAACCGGAUGUACAACUGCUCUGGUCCUCUCACCCUCCUGGACCAGUGUGUCUUUGAGUAUGCCAGCAUCUGCGGGAUGAUCCAGGCCUCCUCUGAUGAUGCUGACUGGGUCCAUACUAAGAGCAGUGUUGGGGCGGAGGAUCACACGCUCCUGGGAAAAUGUAGAGAUGCUGGGUACUUCAUGCACUUCAGUACCAUGACUGGGAAGCCUCAGGAGUCUGCGCUGCUGGAAUCCCGAAUCCUGUACCCCAAGAGGAAGCUUCAGUGUCUGCAGUUCUUCUACAAGAUGACUGGAAGCUCCAAAGACAGACUGGUGAUCUGGGUCAAAAUGGAUGAUGGCACAGGCACCGUUCGUAGAAUGAACAAAAUACACACCUUUUAUGCGGAUUCUGACCACACAUGGAAGAUAGCCCAUGUCCCAAUGGAAGUAGGGGUGAAAUUCCGCUAUGCUUUCCAAGGUGUACGCGGCGAUCCCUCUGCAUCCGCCGGUGGCAUCUACAUCGAUGACAUCAGCCUGACCGAGACACGCUGCCCCAACGCCGUGUGGAGGAUCCAGAACUUCUCCAAGAUCAUGGAAACAGCUGAGCGAGAAGCAGUUAUUGACAGCCCUCGUUUCUACAGCCCUGAAGGCUACGCUUUUGGUGUCCGCAUCGUUCCUCUAUCGUCUUACACUGAUUACACCGGGAACUACACUGGGCUGUAUUUCCACCUGGCCAGUGGGGACAAUGAUGUGGUGAUGCAGUGGCCAGCGGUUAACAGACAGGCCACCUUGGUGGUGAUGGACCAAGACCCAGACAUUAAGCUGAGGAUGUCCACCGCUCGCAGCCUCACGACUGAUAUGAGGAAGACAUCAGAUGGAAAGUAUUUUUGGGACAAUCCCGCCAAGGUAGGACAUUUUGAUCCUUCCUGUAAUUGCUUCAGAGGUGGAUCUUGGGGCUGGGGGAACUUUGUCAAGCACUUUGACCUCCGACGGCGUAAUUACCUCAAGAACGAUGAUCUCAUCAUCUUCGUUGACUUUGAGGAUAUAACGUCACUGAUCAAAACAGAAGUUCCCAUUAAGCCAAAGGAGUGAGGUCACACAGGAUUUUAUAUCAUGAUUAACUGGAGAUGCAGCUGGGACGAGAAGAACGACCUGUGAAGAUGAAGAAAGGAUGGAAGAUUAUUGCUGUGACACAAUAUUAGAAUUAUAUACAUAAUUUACUAAACAUAAAAUGCUAGAUUUGGUCUGUAGUCUGUAUAUAAAAGCUAAUGUAUAUGGAUGACAAUUAUUUUGGACAAAGUUCCUUCACGUUGGACUGUGUUAAUAAAAGCUAUUCAUUUAAGCUGUUAAA